AUUAGAUAAAUUUCCGUAACAUCUUUCAAGCUGGUGUCGUGAAUUAAUUUUUAUUCUUCCUAUCAAUUGCAAAAUGAUGCGUUCUACCUUACUUCCGUGUCUCACUAUCGGGCAAAGAUCCAUCCAUGCCCACCAUUUUGUUGCUGGUACAAACACGACAUCGGUUCGUGGUAAAAACUCCAUGCCGGUUGUGGAAAUGGACAGGCCGGAACAGGAGAAGUAUUCUCCGUUUGGAAGAAAACAGGCUAACUGGGGCGAGUGGACCGUUGCUCGGAUGGAUGAUCUUUUGAACUGGGGACGGAAAGGCUCGAUCUGGCCGAUGACGUUCGGAUUGGCUUGCUGUGCUGUUGAGAUGAUGCACAUAGCGGGCCCCCGUUAUGAUAUGAACCGCUUCGGGGUAACUUUCCGUGCUUCACCGCGGCAAGCGGAUUGCAUGAUUGUAGCUGGUACGGUAACGAAUAAAAUGGCUCCGGCGAUGAGAAAGGUGUACGACCAAAUGCCGGAACCCCGGUGGGUCAUUUCCAUGGGCAGUUGCGCCAACGGAGGAGGCUAUUAUCACUACUCGUAUUCGGUAGUGAGGGGAUGCGAUCGUAUUAUACCGGUGGAUAUUUUUGUCCCAGGGUGUCCUCCGACUGCGGAAGCAUUGCUCUAUGGUGUUUUACAGCUGCAGAAGAAGAUUAAGAGAACUAGAACGCUGCAGAUGUGGUACAGAAAGUAG